AAUAUGAUAAUAAGAAUUUCAAGAAAAGUAAGAGGAAAGUUAAGUGGAUCUAGGGUAUGUCGGGGUUGUCUAGCAAAGGGGAGGAAUAUCCUCAAAAAUAAGAGGAGUAUAUUUAAGGGAGGGAAAGGUAUAACAGUGCGCAACUCUAAAAUCCCAGCUACCCCAGAACUAUAUCCCUCUUGUUUUGCACACACUCUUUUAGUGUUUAGUCAUGUUUGACAUUGUCACGUGGAAAUAAUUUCAUAUAAUUUCUACUAAAAUAUAUAUAUAUUGUUGUUUUGAUUUAUUUUUAUUUAAUUGAUGAUUAAUUUUAUCAAGUGUUAAUACUGUUAAUUGUACUGGUUAAAUUAGCUUUGAUCGAAAUAUUAAUUAGAAAUUUUUUUUUAAUUUUUAUAAUUUGUUUAAUUAGAUGUGACAAUAUUAAUUAGUGAAAGAUUAAUCUUGAUGAAUUUUAUCAUUUAAAUUGAUCAAAUUUAUUUGAAUUAUUGAAAAAAAAGAAAAAAAAUAUAUAUAAAAACUUGGAAAUAAAAUCUAUAAAUUGUGGAGGGGAAAGUAAGAAAAAUAAGACAUCGUCAUCAUGCUACUGCCUCGCCAAUCAAAGUCCAGGUUAUUGGUAAUGGAGACGUGACAAAAAUUGAACUGGAACUUGAAGAAGUUCCAGAUGACAUGAAAGAAAAACUUCCAGUAAUACUUUUUGGUCCAUUAACAGACACAAAUACAACAUCAAUAUUAGCUGAAAUAAAUUCAACAUAUCCAGGUUAUGCAAAAGCUGGUAGUGUUGUUGUACGUACAGAAGAAGCAUUGAUAGUAACACUUGUUCUAUUACUAUGGGUUGCUGCAAUUGCAUUAUUUUUUAAUAGAUGGGGAAAAAUAAGAAUGUUGGAACCUUAUCAGCCAAAAUUUGAACGUGAACAUCGAUCAAGUUGUGCAAUUAUUGAUACAAAUACACUUCCACUACGCACAUGUUCGAAAUUUAAUAUUCACUGUGUUGAUCAUUCACUGUGUGUAUCACCAAAUAUUAACAACAAUAGAUUACGACAAAAUAGUGUAUUUGGUGAUUCAAGUAUGACACUAUUACCUGGUUAUAAUUCAAGAUAUCCACCAAGACGUUCAAAAAGUGCAUUUGAUUUACAAUCAAUUGGUGAAACAAAUGGUCAAAUAAAUAAUUCAUCACCUGCACAAUGUUUGAGUAAAGAUAAAAAACUUGAAGAAGAAGAAGAUGAUGAAGAUUGUGAGUUGAAUAAUGAUGCAUCAUUAACAAUAAAUAAUUUACAAAAAUCAUUGAAUCCAAUAAAAUCAUUUCAACGUGAACGUGGUAUGAGUAUAUGUCAAUUUGAUAAUAAAAAUGAUGUACAUCAACAGCUUGUACGUCCAUUACAACGUGAACGUGGUAUGAGUAUUUGUCAUUUUGAUAGAAUGGAUGUAUUGGCACAUCCAAUAUUACCAAGAGAACGUGGUAUGAGUAUUUGUCAUUUUGAUAGAAUGGAUGUACUUGCUAGACCAUUACCAUCAUCAUCAUUUAUACGUGGUAGUCGUGCUAGUAUAUUUAAUUCAUCAAUUGAUAAAAAUGAUAUUAAUUUACGUAAUCAAUAUCAACGUAUUGGUAGUAGAUCAAGCAUUGGUAAUAUUGAAGUAUCAAAUAAAUUCAUUCAACAUCGUAUUAAAGAUACACUUGGUGAAUCACUUGGUAAUAAAAAUUUAACAACUGUUAAUACAACAAUAACUGGACAUCGUAAUAAUCAUCAACAAAAUUUUCAUAGUAAUUUUAAUGAUGGUCCAUCUUGUAGUAAAAGUUCUGAUCAUGUUCUUGGAUAUAAUGCUACAUGUCUUUAAACAAAAAAAAAAACAAAGAAUCUAGUCGAACGAAAUUUUAAUAGUAUUAUUAUUUUUUUUUUUAUAAAUAAUUAUUUCGAAGUUGUUUCGAAAUUAUUACUAUAGAUUUUUUAUUUUAUUUCUCUGUAGAAAACUUUUUAAAAUUUAUUAUUCAGUUGAUUUAAUUUUUUUUUUUAAAUACAUAGAAAAUAUUUCUAUCGAGUUUUAAAGAUUUCGAAAGAAAUAAUGUAUUUUUAUUUGUAUUAUUUAUUUUUUUAUAAAUACAAAAAGUCAAAUUUAAUUUGAUUAAAUAUAAAAAGUAUUAAAGAGUGAAUUUAAUACUUGUAAAGAAUAAAUAAUAACAAUUUUACUUGUGGGUUAUUAGAGUAUCUGAGUCGAUAGAUCUUGAAGGGCGUAUUUCAGCUUGAAAAAUUGAUGGCGAUAUUAUACACAUAUUUAUAAAAAAAAAAAAUUGACAAGUGGAGAAUUUUUUUUUAUUUUAUCAGCUGUGAACCUAAUUCAAUCCAUCAAAUUUAUGUCGAAAAAAAAUUUAUAAGAGUAGGUCAAAAUAGUAUAAGCUAUUAUUUUAUAACUAUUGUUAAAUUUAUGAUUUUAAUAUAAAAUAAUUGUGAUUAAUCACAGUUUUAUUACUCGAGAUUAUUUGACGAAAAAAAAAAAGAAACAA